AGUAAAAGAUAUAUAUAAACAUAUCAUAUCAUAGGUAUCAAUCUAUGAGAUAAUCCAAAAAAAAUCAAUUUUCUAUGAGCAGUGACCGCACACGAACGAAGAGGAGAAGAGAAGAGAAAACAGGAGAAGGAGAAGAAGAAGCCAUGGGUGUGGACUACUACAAGAUUCUUCAGGUUGAUAGAGGAGCCAGCGAUGAUGAUCUCAAGAAAGCGUAUCGAAAGCUUGCUAUGAAGUGGCACCCUGAUAAGAACCCUAACAAUAAGAAAGAGGCUGAAGCUAAAUUCAAGCAAAUCUCUGAGGCCUAUGAUGUUUUGAGUGAUCCACAAAAGCGGGCAGUGUAUGAUCAAUAUGGUGAGGAGGGGUUGAAGGGGCAGGUGCCGCCGCCUGGUGCCGGUGGUUUUCCCGGUGGCAGCAAUGGUGGGUCAGCGUCUUUCCGGUUCAAUCCGAGAAGCGCAGAUGAUAUAUUUUCAGAAUUUUUUGGGUUUUCAAGCCCCUUUGGUGGAAUGGGGGACAUGGGUGGCCGUGCUGGUGCCUCUGGAUUUUCCAGGAGUGGCAUGUUUGGUGAUGAUAUCUUUACUCAAUUUAGGAAUGCAACAACUGGUGAGGGCCCUAGCCAUGCGCCGAGGAAAGGUGCGCCCAUUGAAAGAACAUUGCAUUGUAGUUUGGAGGAUUUGUAUAAAGGGACUACCAAGAAAAUGAAGAUUUCAAGGGAUGUUACUGACUCCAGUGGGAGGCCAACCAGUGUAGAGGAAAUACUUACAAUUGAGAUCAAGCCAGGUUGGAAGAAGGGGACAAAAAUAACUUUUCCUGAAAAGGGAAAUGAACAGAGAGGAGUUAUCCCUGCAGACCUUGUCUUUAUCAUUGAUGAGAAGGCUCAUAGCGUCUUCAAGAGGGAUGGCAAUGAUCUUAUCUUCACCCAGAAGAUAUCUCUGGUAGAAGCGCUGACAGGAUACACGGCGCAGGUUACAACCCUUGAUGGGCGAAGUCUUACCAUCCCGGUUAAUUCCAUCAUCAGUCCGACAUACGAGGAAGUUGUGAAAGGAGAGGGUAUGCCCAUUCCCAAAGAGCCUUCCAAGAAAGGGAACUUGAGAAUUAAGUUCAAUAUCAAGUUUCCCUCCAGGCUUACAUCAGAACAAAAAAGUGGUGUUAAGCGAUUAUUGUCAUCUCCAUAAGCACUGAUGGUAGCUCUUCUUGAGAUUUAAGUUGUUUUAUCCUUAGUUUUGAUUGUUUUUUUAAGUGGAAAUUCUUGCCUUUGUGAAUUGGAUUUCAAGAACAGUUUAUUUUUAAUAUUUAUUAACUGUUUCAUGUCU